AUGUCCUUCAUCAAUACAGCAGAUUUAAGUGAAGAUGAAGUGACUGCAAAAACCCAGAUAGUAUUUGGACUCAUAAGUCUAUCCAAUUUAUCAAGACCUCCAUAUGAUUUAAGAGCUCAUUUUGAAAAUGUAUGGGUUUUAAUCAGAACAAAUUAA